CAUGCAUUGCAGACAGGUCAGCGCGCCUCGGUUACUGCGUGAGGUCCUGGCACACUCGACCACAUCGAAGCCUGCAAGCUGCACGACUUUUGCUUUCUCUAGGCCUUGGCCCCAUUCUCAAAUGAAACCGUGUCUCCGCACAGAACCGACAGCGCAGAAUGCCAACUCGCCGGUUUAUAUGAUUACAAUGAUUUCGGGGCUCACAAGCGAUCAAGUGAUGUCGGAAUUAUACGUUAACGAACACCUCUCGAAUCAAAAAGUCGUGCGUUCUCUGUCAAAGUUGCAGACUCAUCUUCAUCUGAUGCUUCUCUCGGAGGAGUUUCAUGCCACCAUUCUGCCAGAGCCGGCGAAUGAUACCGAGCAUACUAAGGUAGUCUCCCUCCUUCGAAAUGAUAUCGACAAGUUGCAAAUGACCAUUACCAGCCAUGUCUGGAGCCAAAUUAGACGUGCUGUGACGUUUGAUAGCAUCAGUUCGGUUUGCUCUCUGUUGACCUUCAGUUCAAGACACGACUUGGGCCUCUGGGUUUGGGCUAAAGCCGGGCUACGGAUACAGAAUGCGGAGAUGGUGUGGUGCUCAUAUAAGAAUAGUACAAGGAAGCCGAAAAGGGAUCAACAAUACCGGUGCAAAUCACUGCCGAGGAUUGAUCUUGCUCGCGUCGACAAGCCUGUCUCUAUAUAUUGCUUUCAUACCUGAAGGUAGCCCUCUCCGAGGCAACGUUCUACCGCACGUGCUAGGUCGGCAGAGAGAGGGAUGUACACGUGUACUUGUCAUAUACCCAGAAAUCCGCGAGUCGUUAGCGAAUGCGCUGCAUUUGAAGUUGCUGACUUCCUCCGGGAUUUGACUCUUUGAAUCAACGUAGAACAAUCUGGUUG